AUGUCGAGUUCAGCAUCUUCCGAUUCGAGUGUGGCACCUCCACAACCACCUUCCGCAACAAGCGGCACUCUACACCAUGUAGCCCCAGUCUCGGCCUUUGAAGUCACCACUUCAACCACCUCCUCGAAUCUCCUGCUCUGGAUCGGCGGCUUAACAGACACAUACCAUAGCGUCAACUACGUCUACAAACUCGCCCAAUCUCUCCCACCCACCUGGUCUCUCGCCCAAACAAACCUCAGCAGCGCCGGCAACGGUUUCGGCAUCGCCUCCCUCUCGCAAGAUGUAAACGAAAUCUCCAGUCUAGUCGCACAUUUCAAGGACACCGGCAAGCAAAAGGUCGUCAUUAUGGGUCACAGCACUGGCUGUCAAGAUUCAAUGCAUUACUUUGCUUCAGAGGACAAGAGGGGUGAUCGCGCACAAGUCGAUGGAGUCAUCUUGCAGGCACCAGUCAGUGAUCGCGAGGCCAUGGUCAAGGAUAUGGACGAGAAAGAGUAUGAGAAUGCAUGCAAGACGGCAGAACAAUGGUGUAAAGAUGCCAAGGGCGAACACAUCCUUCCUCUCAAUCUUACGGUCAGCAUGUUUGGUCGCAACCCCAUCACGGCACGCAGAUGGGUCGCUCUUGCUUGUGACGGUGGAGAAGACGAUUACUUCUCUUCUGAUCUGCCCGAUCAAAAGUUGCAGACCACGUUUGGCAAGAUAAAUAAGCCAUUGCUGAUUCUGUUUGGAGAGGAGGAUGAGUACGUGCCUGAUCAUGUUGACAGAAAGGCUUUGGUGAGCAAGUGGAUCCCCUUUGUCAAGGGCAAGGUGGACGAGCAGAGUAAAGAGUUGUUGGGCGGUGCCAGUCAUAACUUGAAUGGCGACCCGGAAGAGGUUGCUGAUGAGUUGGUCAAGCGAGUCGGCAAGUUCUUGGACACCGUCUGA